AUGGCUUGGUCAUUUGGCAACAUGAAAGAUUUCCAUGGAUUGAUGGUGAAUGGUUGCGUUGAGCACGAGAUUGUUCUAUAUGUCUCGCCUCAGUUUCAACUCAUGGCUGAGAGAGUUGGAAUCUUCUUUUGGAAUAGUCGAACUUAUGGAGAUUCUCGACUCUUCAAGCUAGCACAUCUAAGUAUGAAGAUUAUUCCAAUUGAACUGGAGGUCAUGCAAAUAUGUUAUACAAAUUUGAAACCUUCAACUUCAGCAGAAGUUGGACGUUUCAUUAAGAAUCUCCUGGAAAUCUCUCCAGACAUUCUUAGAGAGUAUCUGAUACAUCUACAAGAGCACAUGGUAAAUGUCAUUACCGUUACAACUCCAGGGGCUCGAAACAUUCAUGUCAUGAUAGAGUUCCUUUUAAUUGUUCUUACUGAUAUGCCGAAGGACUUUAUUCAUCACGACAAAUCAUUUGAUCUUUUGGCACGUGUUGGAGCACUUAUCAGGGAGGUAUCAACUCUCGUUCACGACUUAGAAAAAAAAUCAAGGAAUGAAGAGAGUACCGAUGAAACAUGUCGUGCGACUGUAGACUCGCUGGAAGAAAAAAUGGAACUCCUCAAGGAAGAUUUUGGACAUGUUUAUCUGAAACCCCCGGACUCAUAUCAAUGUUGCUUCCCUAUGAAUGAUGGACCGCUCUUCAUGCAUCUUCUACUCAUCCACUUGAAUGAUCUGCUAGAGUCCAAUGCUUAUUCAAUUGCUUUGAUAAAGGAUGACAUUAGACUGAUCAACCUUAUCAAAGAAGAUGUCUACCAAUUGCUGGAGAAGAUUCCCAAGAGCAAGACCCUCAUUGUUGUAAACUCUCCCAAGAGUCCAGCUGAAAGAAAAUCAUUGAAAACUGGUAAAAUAAUUGUAGGUUUUAAGGAGGAGACAAACUGGUUAAUUAGGAAGCUCACCAGCGGACCAGCAAAUCUAGAUGUCAUUUCAAUCACUGGUAUGCCGGGUUCGGGCAAAACUACUUUGGCUUACAAAGUAUACAAUGACGAAUCAGUUUGUAGUCAUUUCGACCUUCGUGCAUGGUGCACAGUCGACCAAAAAUAUGAUGAGAAGAAGUUGUUGGAGAAACUUUUUAAUCAAUUGAAGGGCUCGGAUUUGAAGUUCAGUGAGGAUAUUGAUGUUGCUGAUAUGCUACGGAAACAACUGUUUGGAAAGAGGUACCUAAUUGUGUUAGAUGACGUGUGGGAUACUACUACAUGGGAUGAUUUAACAAGAUCUUUCCCUGAUCUUGAGAAAGGAAGUAGAAUUAUUUUGACGACUCGACAAAAGGAAGUGGCUUUUCAUGGAAAGGUCAACACUGAUCCUCUUAAUCUUCGAUUGCUAAGUCCAGAAGAAUGUUGGGAGUUAAUAGAAAAAAGGGCAUUUGGAGAGCAGAGUUGCCCUGAUGAACUAUUGGAUGUUGGAAAAGAAAUAGCCCAAAAUUGUAAGGGACUUCCUUUGGUGGCUGAUCUGAUUGCUGGAGUCAUUGCAGGUUUGGAAAAGAAAAAAGGCUGUGUGGCUUGAAGUUUGAAAUAAUUUGAAUUCCAUUAUUUUCGGCAGUGAAGUUGAUGUGAUGAAAGUUAUAGAAUUAAGUUAUGACCAUUUACCUCAUCACAUGAAGCCAUGCUUUUUCUACCAUGCGUCUUUUCCAAAGGACACUGCAGUGCAUAGAGUUAUGUUGAAAAUGUAUUUGCGUGCUGAAGGGCUUGUUGAACAGACGGGUAUGAAGAGUUUGGAAGAAGUGAUGGAAAUUUACUUGGAUAAUUGCUUUCAAUGAGAUAGGUGAUAACCCGACUUGCCAGCUACAUGAUCUUGUAUAAGACUUUUGUUUGAUAAAAGCAAGAGAGGAAAAGUUGUUUGGCAGGAUAAGUUCAAGUGAUCCAUCUUCUUCUUCAGAUUUGAUGGCAAGCAUAGUGACCAUUAAUUAUGAUAAGGAGCACUUUGAGCCUAACAAUUUCGUCCUGUUCAGUUAAAAAUAGAAAAGGCAUUCUGGUAAGCACCUCUGUUCUUUGUUGAUAAUUGGAGACGAGAUGGAAGAUCGUCUUUCUGAUGCAUGUCACGUAAGAGACUUGAGGCUUCUUAGAGUGUUGUACUUCGAUCCCUCUGUUAUGAUGGUGAAAGAUUCUUUGCUGAAUGAAAUAGGCAUGUUGAAUCAUUUUGGGUUCUUAAGAAUUGGGACAGAAGUUAAAUCGCUGCCUUCAUCUUUCUCAAACCUCUGGAAUCUAGAGACCAUAUGGGUUGAAAACAAAGGAUCAACCUUGGUACUAUUACCUAGUAUUUGGGAUCUUGCAAAGUUGUGAGUGUUGUACAUGACUUCUUAUUCUUUCCUUGAUAUUGAUAUGGAUACCGAUGAACCAAUACUGAUAGCAGAGCACUCAAAGUUAGAGAACUUGAGAGAUUUAAGGACACUCGUGCUUUGCAAAAGAAAUACCAUCAUCACAAACAAUGUGAAACCUCUGUAGUUAGUAAAGUUACCGAGAAAGUACAAUGCAAUAAGAGGUACUCAAGGCCUCCCUCACCGAUGAGCACACUUCUCCUAUUCCUUUGUCAAGAGUACUCAAGGCCUCCAUUGUUUAUUCUCACAAUUUGAUGCCAAAGUUGAUGUCACAAAGCCAUUAUUAGAAGUACUGAAUCUAUCCGGGGUAAUGGAGUUACUAGGUUAAAUUCUGCAGGUGACCCCUUUAAGUCCAUUGAAUAUAGGAUCGGUGAGUUUAAUGAAGAGAAGUUUGUUAUCUAGAGCUACGCAAUUAGAAAUGAAGCAACUUUUACUCAGAUACAUAUCAUGGAAACUAUCACCUUAGAGGGAUUGCAUCACAAAGUCUAAUGCAGGAAGGUUCGGAUAGACAUCAAGAAUCUAUCGCUCAAGAGUUAUUCACUAUGGCAUCUGCUUAAAUCAUCCAAGAGGAAUCCGAUCUCCGUUUGAUGUUGAAUAAUACAUGGAGGAGCUCUCGAUAUACCAAUAAAAGCAAUUAUGUGCAUAAAUGAGCUUUUGAAAGGAUAAUUUUUGGUUCGAAAUUUUGAACAUUAAUUUUGUACACCAAAGUGCAUGAAUAACUUUUUGAAGGAAAUAACACAGAUAAGUGACUUUUCUGA